AAAAUAAAAGGAUUCAAGAUUUAAGGCACAGUGGUAGCAGACUAGCAGGUGCAGGCGAUCAGAUCAGAAAAAGGGUGAAUUUUGUUGUUGUUGAUUAUUUGUAAAAGAAAUUUUAAAUAGAUCUCAGAAAUCACAGUUGAAGAAGAAGAAGAAGAAGAAGAUCAAUGGCGAAGGCGUUGGAAGGAUUCAAUUUCGAGCAGAGGCAUGGAAAGGCAAGGGUGAGAGUGGCCAGAGUUUGGAGGAGCAAAGAUGGACGCCAUCAUUUCAUGGUGGAAUGGAAUGUUAACAUCAGCUUGCUUUCCAAUUGCGUUGCCGCCUAUGUCAGCGACGACAACUCUGACAUCGUCGCUACGGACACCAUGAAAAAUACUGUUUAUGUCAAAGCGAAGGAAUGUUCAGAACAACUUUCACCAGAGAAAUUUGCUAUUCUACUGGGAGAGCACUUCACAUCAUUUUAUCCGCAGGUUUAUACUGCAAUAGUAAAGAUAGUAGAAAAGCCAUGGGAACGCAUUUCAGUAAACAGUCAACCACAUGAUCAUGGCUUUAAACUUGGAUCUGAGAAGCAUACUGCAGAAGCAAUUGUACAGAAGUCCAGCGUUUUACAACUGACUUCUGGUAUUGAAGGCCUAUCUUUGCUGAAGACAACCCAGUCAGGAUUUGAAGGGUUCAUCAGGGACAAAUACACGGCUCUUCCUGAAACGCGAGAAAGGAUGCUGGCAACAGAGGUCACGGCUUCUUGGAGGUAUUCGUAUGAAUCUGUCUCUAGCAUCCCUCAAGAGCCGCUUUACUUCAAUGACCAUUACUUGAAUGUGAAAAAGGUUUUGGUUGAUACUUUCUUUGGUCCUCCAGUAGGUGGUGUAUAUAGCGUAUCUGUUCAAAGCACUCUCCUCCAGAUGGAAAAGGCUGUACUUGGCAGGUUCACCGACAUAUCAUCAGUUCAACUCAAAAUGCCAAAUAUCCAUUUCUUACCCGUUAAUAUAUCAAGCAAGGAUAAUGGCAACAUUGUGAAGUUCAAUGACGAUGUUUAUCUUCCGACGGAUGAACCCCACGGAUCGAUCGAAGCUAGCUUGAGCCGUUUCAGGUCAAAGAUGUAGUAGCUGCAAGACAAAUGUAGUAUGGUGGAAGAGGUGAAUGCAUGCAUGUUUUUUUCAUUAUCUAAUAAUACAAUCAGAAGGAUAAUCUCCUGUGCAUGUUUAAGAAGUAACGUUAUUCAACAUGUGAAAUACUAUAAACAGUUACAAUGUU